CCACUCUCUCGUUCAGUGGUUCGAUAGAACUUGUUUUGCUUUUUGGUGGUUGUCUGAAGAAUAAUAACAAAGCUUUUCAUGCGGUUUUUACGGCAUUUUAAAAGCCUUUAUAUCCGUUUGCGGUGUGUGAAUAUUGUUAACAGGCAGCACCUCAAGGACACUAAAUACUGCAAGGAAGCGACAAUAAGCCAUAGCUGGUUGUCCAAAAUGCUAAAUACGAAAUGUGUGCGAAAUGCUCAGACCCAGCAUGGAGAUGCGGGAGUGGAUGUGGAGAAUAUCUUCCUGUACCGGUCCAUGUUGGCCACAAUUACUGGGAGCUCGACCUUGUUAACAGAUGCUCCUGGCCAUCCUGCAUCUCCCCAGUGCGUUUGGUUUCAUGAUUUCAGAGGGCCGGAGCCCACUGAUGAGGGCGAUAGUCAGGGUCCUGGUCAGACUUUGGAAGAGCCAGACAAAAAAGAAGAGGUACAAGUUCCGGAAAAACGAAAGACCGACACCCCCGAGGAUGGUUCAAAGGCCAAAAGGGUCAAGUUAGAUGGCAAUGAAUCCAAAACAAAGCGACCUGGUUUCAGUGACGAAAGAUAUGACGAAACUUCAUAUUAUUUUGAAAAUGGCCUUAGAAAAGUAUAUCCUUAUAACUUCACCUUCACUACCUACGCCAAAGGUCGGUGGGUGGACGAAAAGAUUUUGGAUGUCUUCAGUCGCGAGUUUAGAGCUGCCCCACCAGAAGUAUAUGAACGCAGCUUGGAAGCUGGGAAACUGACUGUCAACAAUGAAAAAGUUCCCAAGGACUACAAAAUCAAGCACAAUGACCUGCUUGCCAAUGUCGUUCAUAGACACGAAGUCCCUGUUACUUCACAGCCAAUUACCAUAGUUUACAUGGAUAAGGAUAUUGUGGUGGUAAACAAGCCUGCAUCGAUACCUGUACAUCCGUGUGGACGAUACAGGCAUAAUACUGUGGUUUUUAUUCUCGCCAAGGAGCACAAUCUCAAGAACCUGAGAACAAUACAUCGAUUGGAUCGCCUCACUUCUGGGCUACUUUUAUUUGGGCGUACCUCGGAUAAAGCUCGGGAACUGGAGCAACAAAUCCGGAACCGACAAGUUCAAAAAGAAUACGUGUGCCGUGUAGAAGGACGAUUUCCCGAUGGAAUUAUUGAAUGCUGUGAGCCAAUCGAUGUGGUGAGCUACAAAAUCGGUGUCUGUAAGGUCUCCCCCAAAGGCAAGGACUGCAAGACGACGUUUCAAAGAAUCGGAGAAGUUGGCGACUGUAGCAUUGUCCAUUGUAAACCACUUACAGGACGAAUGCAUCAAAUCAGAGUGCAUUUACAAUAUUUAGGUUACCCUAUUUCUAAUGAUCCCCUCUACAACCAUGAAGUUUUUGGUCCCCUAAAAGGUCGAGGCGGAGACAUUGGAGGCAUAAGCGAUGAACAGUUGAUAAAUAAUUUAAUUGGCAUUCAUAAUGCAGAGAAUUGGUUGGGCAUUCAAGAUGAGAAUGGGCCGGCGAGAGCUGCUCCUCCAAAAGAAGUACAAGAAACUGUACGAAACGAGCCAACAAACACUGUUUCCACUCAGACUUGCCUUGACGAACCCGACAGUUCUUAUGAUCCUAAAAAAAACACUUCCGACCCCCAUUGUAGCGAAUGUAAAAUCAACUAUAGAGACCCAGAAGAAAAGGACUUGGUUAUGUACUUACAUGCUUGGAAAUAUAGGGGUAUUAACUGGGAAUAUAAAACUGAGUUGCCCGACUGGGCUUGUGAGACGAAUAUUAAUUAUGAUCAGCUGUGAAUAAUUACAUAGAAUAAAGUUUCAAAAGGUGUCUUGAUGUUGAGCUUUGUUUAAGAAAACAAAUUAAAAAAUUGCACAUAUUUUUAAAAAGAAGUAUAGUAAGCACAUAGUAAGCACAUAUUUUUAAAGAAAAGUAUUUUUUACUUAAAGUUUCAAUACCAUUUUCUACAAUGUCAUUGAAUUAUCUGACAAACUAUUUUUUGUAUUUUUAAAAUGUUUUACAUAUUUUUGAUAUCGGUUGGAUUUUCCCAAAUUCUUCAGUCACACACUCGUCCAGUAUUGAUUCUUAAUCCAGCAUCUCUCGACGAAUACUUGGAUCAUGGAGAUGUGCUUUUGGAAUACUAUUCUCCUCCUUGUAAUUCCUGUUCCAGGACACCGUCAUCAUUGGAUAAUCUGGGGGACAGCCUGAAUUCAAGUACAUCAUUGACUCUUGCGGCAAUCGAUUGUGAGGCACAUUUUCAAUAUUGCUUAAAAAAGAAAAUACGACGAUACCCGCAAUUGUCGUAUAUUAAACGGAGCUCUGGAAAGAUGGAAAAUACGAAACAUAUAAAGGAAUUAUUUGAUUUUAUGGCCCAACAUAACAUUUCAAUUAAAACCUUUGAGGUCGCAAGUCUAAAGUUCUCUCAUCCACAUUCGCCAUUUCCGUCCGCUUUCUGUGUGCCUGGUCAUGUUUUUUACCUUAAACCGAACAGAUUCUAUUCAUCUAUUUCCAAAGGAAAAUACUUUAUUAAGUUUUUUUCGCCAUACUGCAUAUUCUGCAAAAGAUUUGAACCAAAAUGGAGAGACCUGGCUGCAAAUAUGGCAAAUGUAACGAGUCUUUGCAUUGCCGAGUACGAUUGUACAUCUGGAAUGGACAUUUGCAAAGAACUGAAUACCACUCGUGUGCCUUCUUUGGUAUGGUUCGAAGAUGGAAAGUUAGUGAAAACAUAUAAGGGGACUCGUCACGCAUCCCAGAUUGAGUUGUUCGUUGGCGAAAUGAUGGGGGAUUAUAAAGUAUUAGCGCGGUCGAGAUCUCACAAAAUUAUUAAUGGAAAUAAAUUAAUAUUAUUUAUGCUUAUUAUAAAAA